UUAUUUUUAGAAACAGUUGCUACGCUAAGCCACCACAAAGGAUAUGCUUCACCCCCGGUCCCAUCAUCUGAUCCUUGAAUCUAUCAGCGUACUGAUAGAUUCAUAGUAGCAACCGAAGUGGGAGAUGGCGGCGGCGUCCAGACCCUUGAAUCUAUCGUCUACAAGUUCCCGUCUUUCCUCUUCUUUCCUAUCUCCUAAUCUCAGAAAUCUCAAUCCCUCCAACCUCACUUUCCUUUUGCCUCGUUCUGCACCCAAGACGGUCUCUCUCAGUGUCAAAGCAACAUCCUUAUCGUCGCCGACCACCCACAAAACAGCCACCUCCACCUCCCAGUCGGAGUCUCCCGAUCGCUUCCGUGUGGACAUUCUGUCGGAAUCCCUUCCCUACAUCCAGAAAUUCAGGGGUAAAACCAUCGUCGUCAAGUAUGGCGGCGCUGCUAUGAAGGUUCCUGAGCUUAAGGCUUCGGUGGUCAGUGACCUCGUCCUCCUUUCUUGUGUUGGCCUUCGUCCUGUUCUUGUCCAUGGAGGAGGGCCUGAGAUCAACCACUGGCUCCAACUCCUCAACAUCCAGCCUCUCUUCCACGAGGGCGUACGCGUCACUGAUGCUAAGACCAUGGAGAUCGUGUCCAUGGUCUUGGUGGGUAAGGUUAACAAGGACUUAGUCUCUCUCAUCAACAAAGCUGGUGCUACUGCCGUUGGGCUCUCCGGUAUGGACGGUCGCCUCCUCAUGGCUCGACCCAACCCCAAUUCUGCCCACUUGGGUUUUGUCGGGGAAGUCACCCGUGUUGAUUCCACCAUACUCCAGCCCCUCGUCGAUAAUGGUCACAUCCCUGUGAUUGCCUCUGUGGCGGCUGAUGAGUCUGGCCAAUCAUACAAUAUCAAUGCCGACACGGUGGCUGGGGAAUUGGCGGCUGCUUUGGGGGCUGAAAAGCUUAUUCUGUUGACGGAUGUGGCGGGCAUACUGGAAAAUCGAGAUGACCCAAAGAGUUUGGUGAAGGAGAUUGAUAUAAAGGGAGUGAAGAGGAUGAUAGCGGAAAAGAAGGUUGCUGGUGGAAUGAUUCCUAAGGUCAAUUGUUGUGUACGGUCACUUGCUCAAGGUGUGAGAACUGCUAGUAUCAUUGAUGGAAGGGUUCAGCACUCUUUGCUUCACGAAAUUAUGUCAGAGGAAGGCAUUGGAACCAUGAUUACUGGGUAAAAUGUAGUCACUCAGUUCUGUUGUAAUCUCUUCAUUGUUGUUAUUGGAUGUACUUUCACUUAGAUGAAUGAAUUACUGAUUAUUCUCUAUUAUUGUUAAA